AUGUUGAUACUGAAAGCAAUCUUGAAGACUUGGGUUGCAAUCCACGCACAGUUACCAGGGGCGGAGACAGGUAAGCCCCUUUGAAAUGGGUGUUUCAGUGAAAUUUGCACUGUGUUAAAUGAGAACAGGAAUAGCAGAUUUGCAUCUCUCUCACACACACAAAAUCCUGUGGCUUCUCAGUGUUUUCGGUAGACAUGUUCAGCCACUGUGAGGCUUAGACACUUAACUAACUGUACUGGAUGUCUCUUUUGAGUAUGCUGAGAUGUAAGUGGGCACUGAAUAGAUCAAGAAUGGGGAGCCUGUGGCCUUUCAGAUGUUCUUGAACUUCAAUCAAUCCCAGCCAGCAUGGUCAGGGAUGAUGGGAGCUGCGUUCUAACAACAUCUGGAGGGCUACAGGUAUUCAUCAGUGUGACAGACCAAGAGAUGAACUUAAAUGGAGUCUAUAUUGUGGCUUAAUAGCACACUAUUAAUAGCACACUCCUUUGUGUCCCGCUUUUUCUGUGGACACUGUAUUUUCCAGUCAACGAUUUGGGGAUACGGCGGAAUUGUAGUCUAGCUGUCAUACAAAUGGAACUUCUUACAGUCACGUGAUCUGGUUCUGUCAUGAAGUUGGAGCUACCUAGCAAUAAAGGCUUCCAUAGUAACCGAACACACAAUCAGACAUGCUUGAGGUAUUACAUACAACCUCCCCCAACCCUGCAAAGAGAUACAACAUUAAAGCAUGGUUUGUCUUCCUUUGUCUUGCGACUGAAACUGUGAGUGAAUGUGUUUAUUACAUAUUGAUCAAUAUUUUGUAAAGUGAUUGGAAAUCUAUUGUUGGGUGCGGGGGAAGACUCAAUCUGUGGAAUGUUAACUUACCAACCCAGCUAAGAUUAUAAAUGUGAACAUACCUCUUUACUAGGUUAACCUGAUGGGGCUUAAGCUUUGAUUUAUUUUAACUGAGGUGUAGUCAAAAGCAAGAAAAUCCUGUGUUAUCCAGCUUCCAAGUUCCAGUUUCAUACUUCUGAGAGUGCCACAUCUAAAGGGUUAAACGUCAUGUAUGGCAUCCGUGCCAAGCUGCAGAAAUUCAGAAAAAAACCCAGCCUGUGAAAUUUGUGCUCUGUACUAUGUAAAAAAAGAAAAAGAAAGAAAACCCAUGAAAUAUAUUUCAUCUCUCAUUUCGAAAUUGCAUUUGACAUCUAAGUUAAAUAAAAUGUUCCUGAGGUCAUUAAAACUCAGAAAUAGUACAAGACUUAGGUUUACCAUACUUUCAGAAUGAAUCAAGUUUCUGAACUUGUUUUAAUCUCCAUAUAAUUGCUUUUCUGUAUAUGCUAACCUUUAGAAAAUGAGUUUAAUAAUUAGUCAUCUCAGGCUAGUUAAAAGCAACAUCCUGCCCUUAGUACAGUUUUAUUUUCAACAAGAAAUUGAUGCCAAAGUAAAUCCUUCACCGUGGAUGGAAACUUAGCUGCAGGCCACACAUACAUUAUGGAUACUUCGAUACUUCACAAAAUCAGCUCCACAGAAAUACUUUUCUCCUGCCCAAUUUGUGACCUAGGGAAGCUGCUAAUUGUGGAGCAAUUGCCAGUCAUAUGUGUGAAUGAUUUUUUUAAAAAAAUUAAGUGUAUAAAUAAGAUGCUCUAAGAUAACCCAUUGUGAUUGCCUACUUAUUACUAAUCAUACAGUUCCUUAUAUCUUUAUUGUGGGGCAACUGUGUCUUGGUGGCCUAGGAGACCGCAUAUCAGAUGGCUUUGGGCCUGAAUUGGGCAGUGGGAAUCCUGGCUGUGGUUUCCACUGCCUGCCUAUAGCAGGGGUAGGGAACUUCAGACUCAGAGGCCUCGCUGGCCCUGCUCUGCCUCCACAUUAAUCUCCCCCACCCAAAUCCUCAGUCCUAUUAAGAUUCCACUGGAGGGCAUGGUGGCAAUACCAGCUACAGGAAGUGGUGUUACAGCUUGGGAAGAAGAGUAAGGUCCAGGGGCAGCUUCUUGGUGCUGCUGGGCCUGAAACAAAUGGAUUUGGCCACUUACCUGCUUUUCCCUUCUGAAGUAAAUGAAUGAACAAUUGCACAAUGCAUAGAUCAGAAAAUCAAUUGCCUAUUUGAAGGAGGAAAAUGACCUGCAUGGUGGCUCGUUUAUGCUUUCUGCUCAACAGCCACAUGGUUUCAAGAUACACCCAAAGACAUCAUGGGGGCAGAUUGUUGCUUCUGCAAAAACAAACAAACCGUUGUUCUAGAAAUUGCUACUCUCCUUUUCCCCUUCUGUAACAAACAGUGAAUUCCUUGAUAGAAUUUUCUUCUCCCAUGUGACUAGUAACGCUUCCAGGUGGGUGUUUAUUAUGGGAAAAGUGCUUCGGAGCCAUGCAGGUUUUUCAUGGUAUCCACAUGACAACCUUGGCAUCAAGAUGCCAGCCUGAAUCCCCCCCCCAUUUAAUCUGGAUUUACUCUUCCCACAGAAAAUCUGACAUUAAAAAAAAUUGUUGCCAAUGACCUGUUUGCAAUAUUAAGCUCUUGUCUGGAAGCACCCUUGGUGAUCUUCUCUGAUCAGGAUGCAGGCUCCCCAGGUCUGUCUUUGUCAAGCCUAUCUAUAUUAAAAUCUCAUCUCAUUUAUAUCUGCCGGUUGCCAUUUCACUAUCUGUUUGUCCCUUCUUGUUGUUUUUAUUAGCUCUCCUAGUUCAUUAUGUUUGGAAUUCACUCUGAGCAGGGCUCGUAUUGCUGUCUGUUCUCAGCAGUGGUGGGGAAAAACAACGCAGAAAACAGCUGUUAGGUGCACAUUGGAUUGGGAAGAAUCUGAAACUGAAGUGGGGUGCCUGGGAGAGAUUCCGAGCUUGUCCACGGUAAAGCAGACUCUCUAUGAGGUGGCAUGAGUCGAAGCAGGGGCACCUGAAGUAUCUGAUUGAUAGGUAGAUUUCAUUUCUGCCCCACCUUUUCAUCCAAGGAGCUCAAGGUUACACACAUGGUUCUCCCCCAUCUCAUUUAAUCCCCACAACAGCCCUGUGAGGUACGUUUGGCUAAUAGGCAGUGACUGGCCCAAAGCGUGCUUCUUCACAUGGUAGUGGGUACAGUUCAUUUACUUCACUUACUUCAAAAUGUAGUAAGCCAACUUUACUGUAGGAUCCCUAGAACUCUGUCCCAAAGUCCUUUUCUACUGGCAACCUAAAUGUGAGGCACCAUAACUGAGAAUGCCUUCUUGCCAUUCACCACCUGUAAUGGCAUAAAGUCGAUCACACCUGCAUCCAGAUCAUUUAAGGGCAUAUAUUCUGGAUGGAAUUGAGCAUCUGUUUCUUGUCCUGGAAUAGAUGGCUGAACAGUCUGUAAGUUUGAGGAAACAGAAGAACACUGCUAGUUGUUGUUCAUUCUUUUUUGUAUUUGCCAGAUUGUUUAAAUAAAAAAUAAAUAUUUGUUAUUGGAGAGAGUUGUAGGCGGUCCAGUUUAGUAUAAAACACAGCUGCUAGGUUACAAAUUGAAAUUUCUGAGAAUAGUCCAAGCUAGAGGUCACCAGGGCAUGAAUAACUGUGGCUAAACUUUCUCCGCUCAGGACUGGCUGCAACUGGUGCACCAGCCUUAAGUGUUUGUUGGAAGGUGCUGCAUUCUUUGUUAGGUUACUAACAGUUUGCUGCAUCUGUCAACACCUGAAGACUUUCAGCCUGAUCCUUCAGAGGGAACGUAUGCAACCCCAUCCAUAACAGGUUGAACACCCACCCACAGUCAGAUGAACCACCUACCAACACUAUCUCCAUCUUACUUGGAUUGAACAUCAGUUUACGCUGUUCAUAAUAUGAUGGUUUCUUUGAAAGCAGUUUAGAAAAGCUCAGCUUACUUCUAAGAAUGGCCUUAGAAUUUAAUCUCCACUGGAGAUGAAGAAAGAAACAGCUUGAUGGUUUCCAGAUUUGCUCAGGUGUAUUGGUGCAGCUUCACAACACACCUGAAAAGUAGGUUAAACUGAACGAUUUUGUCUGUAGUCACACAGUGACUCUUUAUGGCUGACCUAGGAAUUUGAACUUGAAUCUCUCAUGCCCAAGUCCGAGAUUUUUGACACCACAUGGCUAGUAUUUAGCUUUCCAGAAGCCUUUCGCAUCACCUGAAACCUGAUCCUUUUAACUGAAGAUGUCCGUGAUUGAAUCUACAUACUAUGUCCUCUAACACUGGUACACUAUUUCCCAAGCUUGCCUCUUCUUCCUCCAAAUAGUCAUUGUAGAUUAGGGACGGGAACCUGUGGUCCCACCCAGAUGGUGUGGAUCAUAGCUCCCAGCACCCCUAACCAUUGGCCAUUGGCCAUGCUGACUGGAGCUGAUGGGAAGUGGAGUCUGAUAGCAUCAGGAGGGCCACAGCUUCCUUGACAUACCGAGAACUCUUAAAGGCUGUCCCCAGCCAGGCCUUUUUGCAAAUGGAAUACUGAGGUUAUAUACCUCUGUCUCUGAGCUCCCUCCCCCCCCCCAUAGACUUUAUGAUCAACUGCAGUUUUCUCUUCAGUUCUCUGGCUUCUUUACCUCUGCUUAGAGUAGGCAGAAAGAGGAGAAAUCAUCCCACACUCCUCUCUUGUAAGAUAAGAUGUGAGUGUCAUGCAGUGAGGGUGGUAGUAGGUUGAGGGCAGAGAAAGAUAAAACCUAUUUGCACAACACAGAAUAAAUUUCUGUAAUUCACCACUACAAGAUGUGGCAGGAGUUGUUUGCUUAGGGAUUAGUCAAGGUAAUAGGGGGCCUUUCAAUGGCUGUUAGCCAUUCCAAUUAAACGGAGCCCCCAUAUUUGGGGGUGAAACACCAGCUCCUGGCAGGGCGGGGAAGUCAAAAGGGCCUAAUGCCUUCAAGCCCUGUUUUUGCAGGUUUCCUAGCAGACUUGUGGUUAGGCACCAUGGGAGACAGAGUUUCUGUGCGCUCUGGCACUCGUCACGGUAUCCCAUUGUGCCAGAAGCGGUUUAGUCGUGCUGGCCACAUGACCCAGAAAGCUGUCUGUGGAGAAACACUGGCUCCCUCAGCCUGAAGCGAGAUGAGCGCCGCACCCCAAAGUCGCCUUUGACUGGAUUUAACCAUCCAAGUGUCCUUUACCUUUACCUUUUACCUCACACACUGUGGGAAAAGGAUGCUGGUCUAGAUGAACCUUUGCUCUGAUCUGGCAAUGCUCCCAACAGUCCAGCAGUAUAUUUAUGGCUUAUUGUUGUUGGGUUUGUUAAGUGUAAUUGUUCAAUUGAGACUGAAAUGGGAAUGCCUGUGUAUUGCUGAAAAGAUCUAACAUGGAAGAUUCCAUUGAAGUAUACCAAGCUAAAUUAAGAGCAAAAAGGGCUCUCUGAGCUGCCUUGAUGGGUUGAUAAUUAACUGUUAUUGCUCUCAGGUAGCUCUGAUGUGGUGUUUUAACCUUAGAUCACAUGAGAGGUAUUGAAUUUGCCAUCUUGGAAGGGUGGUGGCUGGAGUUCUUUGUUCUCAGACUCUGUGAGAGUAAAGAUGUAAAUGACUCUCCAGCAGGAUGCAGGUUUUAGGGAGACACAGACCUCUGCUUCUAGGUCUGUUGGAAUUAUUUCAUAUUUUGUAGGAUGCUGAUGCGCUACCUUGGACUGGCAUAUGUCUUAUGGGGCUAUUUGGAUGUAUCAUUUGAUGUUUCUGUUCUGCUUUGAAGAAAGUUCUGCGAGUAAAGUUUUGAACAAUCUAAUGGGUCUGGACAAUGCUUCAUUUCUAAAGGAGUUGGUUUUAUGCAUCCAGUUGCUUCAAACUGCAUAAUAUUGAUAUCUGCAGUAGGGUAUGCACAGACUUAACAAGUGUUAGAUUUAGGAAUGUAGGAAGCUGCUUUACACCAGCUGGAGAUGGCAAGGAUUGAACCUUGGAUCUUCUGUAUGCAACACAGGUGUUCUGCCAUUAAGCUACAGUCCACCCGUUUAGUAUAUUACUGUCCUUUGUUAGGUUACUGAUCAAAUAUCCUAGUGCUGGACUACAAAGUUUGUGUUCCAAGUCCACUUUCGUGGCCUGCCCCUGGGAUCUCAUAUCUUCCAUCUGCAUGAGCAACUAGGGUGAGGACAGGCACUGGCAGAGGAGGAGGAGUGCAGGGGGAGCACACCGCCCCUGGCAGCGUGAUCCCAGCAGUGUGCCAUCACGGCUGCCCCCCCCCCGCGCUGGGCGUCCUGCCCCCACAGGCGGUGCCCCCCGCCCCCAGGACGCAUGCCCCACCCCUGCAGGCAGUGCACCCUGCCCCCGGGACGUGCGCCAGCCCUGCCCCCGCCUGCUCUCUGCCCCCCGGUGCCAGAGCAUGAAGCUCUGCCACUGAGGACAGGUAAUCACUAGCAUUGGUGUGAUGACAGCUAAGCCAUUUAAAUCCAUGUGCCACCCAUCCCUGUGCUUCUCUAUUCAGAAGUUAGUCUCAGAACUUAGUCAGUGGUGCUUACUCCCAAGUAGGGAUGGGAAAGAAAUGGGAUUCAAUUCAUGUGCAAAGUUGAAUCUACCUAGUUCGCACUCCCCCAAAACAACACACAAACCAAAACACCACCAUCCUUCAAAAUUCAUACUUUUCCAACCAAGUAAUGUGCACAAGAAUUACUUUACUAGGGUCAAGCAUGCAUGUAAACACAUAUAGUGGUGAAAACAACUCAGAAAAAAAAUGCAUUAAUUUAGGGGGAAAUGCUUUGCAAAAAUGUGCAUAUUGGACAAAAGUCUUCAUGUUUUAAUGAUGACUUAAAUGAUGAUUUUUAUGAGGACUUUAAAAAAUCUAAAGCUGAUGUAGAAAUGUGGAGAACCAAAGUUAAAACCAGAAAAAUAAGAAAUGGAAAGAAGCAGAAAUGGUGGGCAGAUUUUCUGAUCCUUAAUGCCAAGUAAGUGUGCAGACUAUCAUAGGCCUGGUAUAGGUAAUUUAACUUCUUUUUUUAAGAUGAUAAACCCAAGCUAUUAAACUGCACCAAUAUAUAUAAUACAAUGCAAUGUACCAGUUAAUAUUUCUGUGGCAUGCUGUGUUUUCCCAUCUAUCUCUUCUCCCUCCCACUACCCCCAUCAAUUUGACCAAUACUGAAUUGUGUUAUCUAUUUGUUCCUGGCUCAUAGAAAGUGGAUUGGUGUGGGGUGGAAGCCCAAAUACAUGCAAAUACACUUGAAUAAUGUAUGACCUCUUUCAGUAUAAGUACUGCAGAAUCUUUUGCUUGUUUCUCGCAGAUCUUGAGUUAAAAAGAAAAGGUAAAAAAACAACAACACAAAAAAACAAAGUAACUGGGGUAAGUUCAUAAAUAAGACAUUUUCAAAAAAUAAGUGUGAUGCUCUAUAGAGCAUACAUGAUUUUUUUAAAAAACAAAACAACACAACACUAUGUGAAGCUACAAAAUGAAAAACAAAAGUUACUCCGGAAAACUCUUCUGUUACUUCAACUUGCAAAAUAGGGAUUCACUUCUAAAUUAAUUAAGAGUCUGAAAGCCUGAGCAAAUUUAUUUUAGGAUAAUCCAGUCCAGAUCCUGAGAUAACUCCAGUGCUUUUUCAGGCUGUGUAUAGAUAACCAAAUAUGCAGAUGAUUCUUCAGCUGGUGAUUUGCAACCCAAAAUCUGAAAGAGGUCACACCGCCAGUAUCACAAUCCUUGCUGGGUUUUUCAAUUUGCAUUUUUUCCCCCAGAGGAGAAAUGAUGGCUGUUGCAGCAUGCAGCUCCAGAGAUACAUCUGCGUACCUCCUGCAGUGCGUUAGAGUGUGCUGAGGUGCAUCACUCAAAUUGCACAUUGUGUGCAGCAGCUGAUGAUGGAAGCAAUCCCAGAGUUGUGUUCCUCUGUAAUGUCAUACAGAGCCCCUUCUUCAAUCUGCAAGCUGUCCCAGAAGGGUGCCUCAGGAUCCCCUGUAUUGUCACACAGGAUGCUGAAGAAGACCUGUCACAUUCUUUGUAACUUCCGCGUUGGCUAGAGGGCAAGAGAAGGAAAGCAGUUUAAUAUAUCUUCAAAGCCCUACACUGUUUUGCCUCCCUUAUCUGAAAACACUUAUUGUGCUGGUCCCAGGGGGGGGGGUUACCGUGAGGCGUGGUCAAAGUCCGGUCCUGGUCCGAGGGUCUGGAGACUGUCCACCAAGGGGGGCAGCGGGGUCCAAAGCAAGAAGCUGGGCGUGGUGGGGAACUCCAGAAAAAACAGGUCUGGGUGCUGGCAGCAACAGGUUUCCAACGUCGUUGCUCCCGCAACCUGGGACCGGGCUGACUGGCCUUUAUCUUCUCUGAGGCCAGGGGCGGUCCCGGCCCACAGGUGACCCGCCUCUCCUGGCCUUAAGGCAAGCACUCCUCCUGAGAGAACCCAGUUCCCUCCACCUCUCUGCCCUGAGCCUCUGCAGCUCAGGAGAGGCUGGAGGGUUACUGGACCCAGGGGGAGGCUCACCUUCCCCUGACAGGGGUGGGAGAGGCGCACCUGUAGGCAAUGGUCCUCAAUCACCUCCGGAGCCAGAGUGGAUUCAUCUGGUGUCUGCUCCUGAGGAUCUGGCACAGGUGCAGGCGCUUCAGAUUUAAGGCCCUGCCCUGGCUCAGCCGGCCCUGGAGGCAGGGACUCCUGUGCAGGCUGGUAUUCCUCCGGUUCAGCCUCUGAAUCAGAUUCCCAGGCCAUCACACUUAUAUUCAGAUACAUCCCUGACCAUGACCCUUACUUCUCUCACUCCACUACCUUCAGCCAUCAUAAGGCCUGUUGCUCCCUCAAAAUAUUCCACCUUUUCUGCCUCACUACUCCAUGCACAUGGAAUUGCCUCCCAGAAGACCUGCAUGGUGCCACCUAUCACACCUCCUUCAUCAGUAGUGGAAUCUGGCAACAUGAAGAGAGUUCAACUGCCAAAUCAUAAUGGCUUUGGGGCAAGAUGUUGAUUCCUCCACUCACAAGUCACUUAACCCCAUCAGAGUUCGCAGGUGCUGACAGCUUCUUGGUCCCUUGAUGCAGAAAGCGGCUUUUUCAGAGCAUCAUAGUUGAAUCCCCUGUUCACUCUUUUUUCCAGAAUGAAUUUGAUAGCCAAGAUUUAUGGCUGGCUAUCAUAAAUCAGCACAUAAUUAUCUCCAUCAGCAGCCUGCUGGCAAAAGAUGUUCAGUCCACCAUGUUCCUCCUCCAGAAGUUCACAAACACUGCCAUUCUCAGUGGUGGCAUUGACUAAAGAGAAACAAAUUAUUUCUGGCCUACUCAAUUGCACUUCUAAGAUAAACUAUUUAAAAAAAAAUAAAUUCUGGAGAGGCAGAACACACCUUAUUCAUGGUGUGUGAGGAGGGCACUGGGUUGGGGAAGGUUGUUAUAAAGCAGGCUUCCUCAACCUUGGCCCUUCUGAUGUUUUUGGCCUACAACUCCCAUGACCCCUGGCUAGCAGGACCAGUGGUCAGGGAUGAUGGGAAUUGUAGUCCCAAAAGAGCUGGAGGGCCAAGUUUGGCCAUCACUGUGUUUCUGUAGGGAAAAUCAUAGUCACAGAACUGUAGAGCUGAAAGGGACCACAAGGGUCAUCUAGUCUAACUCCCUGUAAAAUGGGUGGCGCUACACAUUCCUUUUCUUAUAGAUCAGGCAUCCCCAAACUCGGCCCUCUAGAUGUUUUGGGACUACAGCUCCCAUCAUACCUAGCUAACAGGACCAGUGGUCAGGGAUGAUGGGAGUUGUAGUCGCAAAACAUCUGGAGGGCCGGGUUUGGGGAUGCCUGUUAUAGAUGGUCUACAUCAGUGCUUCCCACACUUGGGUCUCCAGUUGUUUUGGGACUACAACUCCCAUCAUCCCUAGUUUGCAGGACCAGUGGUCAGGAAUGAUGGGAACUGUAGUCCAAAAACAGCUGGAAACCCAAGUUUGGAAAUCUACAUGGUUCAACAUGUGAACACAGGUUUAGUUGGAAAUGUACUACAUAUCCAUUCCUAUAGUAACGCCACAAUUUUCAAAGAAAAGCAUUAAAAAUUACUCUGGGCAUGAACCUAGGAAUGCAGGAAGCUGCCUUAGCUCAGUAUUGUCUACAUUGACUGGAAGAGGCUCUCCUGGGUUUCAGGCAGGGAACUCUCUCAGCCUUUCCUGAAGAGACCAGGGAUUAAACCUGGCAAAUUCUGCACGCAAAGCAGGUGCUCAACUCCUGAGUUAUAGCCCUUCCCCAUGAAAUAAUUUUGUCGUGUGUGUGUUUGCUUAUCCCAGGUGCAAAACGCUGAGAAAAAUAGAAGAAUACAUAGAAGGAAAAUUCCAGCAAGUGUAG